ACAAUGCAGAGUCUUUUGGUUUAGAUGGGAAGGACUCGGUCCAUUCCCCUGUACAUAUCUUUGUGUCGGAGGAAACUACACCGUCGAUUCUGCGCUUGUGCGGAAGACGAAACCGAACAACAAAACUUCAUCUACUGGGCGCACCCAAAUAGUCUUACUCUAACAGCAACAUGGAAGAGGCAAAUGUACCUGUUGAUGGAGAGGCGGAGACAUUCUAUGCUGCAGAGACCUAUGCAGCUGAGGCAAUGGCUGCAGACAUGGACCCAUGGAUUGUGUUUGACUCAAGAAAAACACCCAGAUCUGAAUUUGACGGCUGGCUUGAGAGUAACAGGCCGUCGCGGGUGUACCGAUUCGGCAACGAGGAAACUGGUGCUGGCCAAGUGGGUUGGAUCGCUGUGCGGGGCCCUGACUACUGCCCUGGCAGUGCUAAUGAAGAUGUUGAGGGUCUUCAGGAAAGCUGGCAAAAAUUGUUGGACAGUGGUCGGCCCGUGAAUUUUCAGACGAUAAAGGAACUUGCCCUGAACCACGAGGUGCUCUAUGGCAAGUGGCUGAUGCACCUAGACUCUGGUUUUAAGUUGGACCACGCAUGGGAGUGUGUGGCCAGAGCAACCCUGCACGGCAAAAUAUCUGCAGUAAAAGUCAGUACCUAUGAUCCCAAAGUUGACAGACAGGUCAUUUGUGUCUACAACCCGAACUUCACUGAUGAGAGCGAGGUGAUAAGGUUGGACUCAGUCAUUCGUGCUGCUGGGGUCAAAUGUCCUCUGUCCUAUAAGCCAGAUGUGUACACUUACCUGGGAAUUUACCGCAACAACCGCUGGAAAAUCUCUCCGACCAUUUACAGUAGCAAAUUUGACUUGGAGUGUGUGCCAAGGCGUUCACACAUUAUCAACAAAGUCACCAAUCAAGAAGUAACGUAGAUUAUUGUCAGUUACGGCCGUUGCCAAAUUUUGUCUGAAGCAUCCCCUUUUGUGGAUAUGACUUAAGCCCUCCCAAAUAUCAGCACACUCGUGUAUUUUUAAAUCCACUGAACUCAUUUAAAACAUGGGAAUUCUUGCAAAACUGCUUUUCUCAAUGGAAGUAAAAUUACAAGUCAGUGCAAUAUUUCAGCACUGAAAUUGAUUUUCGUUUGCCUUCCUGUGACGCUACUGCAAAAGUUCUGUGCCUCUAGGGUGGCCCUGCCCCCAUAAGGAAAUUACAGGAAGCAUUUAUCACUGUAUGACGGUUAAAACCGGUUUUUUAAAAGUAGUGGUGAUAGGUGGUUGACUUUUCGUUCCAAAGAUUUUGCUGGUCAGGCACCAAUUCCUUUGAUUUCUUCAUGCUGAGGCCUAAAAUGUAGGCACUAUUUGGCCUUAGAUUUUUUUUUUGCUAACAAGAUUUGCCAAAUAAAGGGUACUUUGAACA